AAUUAUUUCAAACAUCAUCGUCAAUGAAUUUUGAUCUUGAUUAAAACAUUUUAUUUAUUUAUUUAAAUUAUAAGCUUUGUGUAUCUCUACGAAUGAGAUAUGCACAGAGUUGUCGUAAUGAGUGAGUUUCGUUAGUAAAGUAUAUAUUUUUUUAAUUAUUUCAUGGUAUAGUUCAACCUGGUUAUUUGAACUGGAUUAUUGGAAUAAUAUGUUUACUUCAAAUUACAGUGCAAAUAAAGACUCAUCAGUUAUCGACGUAAGAUUUGAAGCUGAGCAAUGGAUACCUACCCUUGCUGCACGACCCGUAGAGUGGGGAUCUUCAUAGUAUGCCUCAUCAUCAUCAUAGAUUGCUACUUCCACCUAAUAGUGUACUAUGAUAUCCUAAAGAAUAACGCUAGAAGAAGAUCUUAUGACGUCACUAAAGUUUUAAGUGCCCAAAAUAAGUCAGCAUCUCGUUAUAAAUAUUCUUUAGUGGAUUCGCAAGACGCUUUUAUGGAUUACGAAAAUGCUUUCAAUUCUUCCUACUACUGGUUUAUGUCUAUGAAGACGUUAUUUAAAAAUAUAGCUGCAGAAGCACCUCCAGCGUAUACGAACGACACGCCACGAUGCAACUUAACUGGAACAUCAGAUACAAUAGGAUUUAAGUUACUGAAUGCAACUGGACCCAAAUUUCAGCAGAUUGAAGAGAGUCCUGCCAUUGCAGCAGUUAAACUGGGGGGUUAUUAUGCGCCGGCGCACUGUCGCGCUGCACACAGAGUGGCUGUUGUAAUUUUAGUGCCGAGCUCAUAUUGUAUCACCAAUCGUUUGGUUCUACUUCAUAAUCUCCACGCUCUACUACAGAAACAACUUUUGGAGUACAGAAUAUUCGUCAUGCCACGAUUUCUGGGAGACCCCAAAGGCUCUCUAUACAACGCCGCGUUCCUGGAGACGCAGCGGUUCGGUACCUGGGACUGCCUGAUCUUCCACGACGUGGACCUGAUCCCUGAGGACGAGAGGAUAUCCUACUCCUGUCCAGAGCAUCCGACACAAAUACUGUCUUGGGGUAACAGGUCUAUCGGAAUAGUGACAGCAAUGCUACCAGAUCAGUACCAAGCUGUGAAUGGAUACUCCAACAUGUACGUGGACUCAGAUUUAGCUGACUUCGACUUUUCUGGGAGGCUUGAAGCGAUGAAUUAUACUAUAGUGAAACAUGACGAUCCUGUGGCUCGCUUCAGGAUAAUGGCAAAUAUCACAAACCACCUUGAUGAUAAACGGGCGUCACUUAUCGCGAUGAACCGACUGCUGUUGCCAAAGGAAGGUCUUUCCACAACGAAGUAUAAGAUGAUAAGGAUCGACCAGGAUAGAUUGUUUACCUACAUUCUAGCGUUCAGUGUCAACGACAUACUACUGCAAUACGAUCCCUUGAAAGAGAAAUGAAUAAAUUCAAUCUAUCUCCACUUUUAUUUAACAUUGUCUUGAAAUUCAUUGUCUUGUCUUGUAUAUUUGUGAAUGUCUUUCGUGUACUGUUGAUAAUAAAUAAAUUAAUGUGUAGUA